AUGGAGGCAGCCACGGCUCCGGAGGUGGCCUCGGGAUCCACGCUGAAGAUGAAAGAAGCCAGCCCAGCCGAUGCUGAACGACCCCAGGCUUCACCUCCACAGGGGGCUGGCAGCCCCGUCCCCCAGCUGCUGUCCCCUAUAGAAGAGCACCCCAAGAUUCAGCUACCUCGGGUCCUGAGGCAGACCUACAUCAGGAAGGCUGGCGACACUGUGAACCUACUAAUCCCGUUCCAGGGCAAACCCAAACCUCGAGCCACCUGAACACGUGAUGGCUGUACCCUGGACGCCAGUCGUGUGAGUGUGCGGAACAGGGAGCGGGACUCCAUCCUCUUCAUCCAAGAAGCCCAACGUGCUGACUCCGGUUGCUACCAGCUCAGUGUGUAGCUGGGCAAGCUGGAGGCCACAGCCACCAUUGACAUUCUGGUGAUCAAGAGGCCAGGCCCUCCUCAGAGUAUCAAGUUGGUGGAUGUUUGGAGCUCCAACGCUACCCUGGAGUGGACACCCCGCCAAGACACAGGCAAUGCGGCACUCCUGGGAUACACAGUACAGAAGGCUGACACAAAAUCUAGGCUGUGGUUCACAGUACUGGAGCAUUAUCACCGCACCAGCUGCACCGUCACCGACCUCAUUGUCGGCAACUCCUAUGCAUUUCGAGUCUUUGCUGAGAAUCAGUGUGGGCUCAGUGAGACAGCCCCUAUCACUGCCGACCUUGCCCACAUCCAGAAAGCAGCUACUGUUUACAAGAUGGAGGGGUUUGCCCAGAGAGAUUUCUCUGAAGCCCCAAAGUUCACCCAGUCUCUGGCGGACUGCACUACAGUCACUAGCUAUGACACCCAGCUCUUCUGCUGCGUCCGUGCCUCUCCCAAGCCAAAGAUCAUCUGGCUAAAGAACAAGAUUGAUAUCCAAGACAACCCCAAGUACGGAGCCCUCACUCACCUGGGAAUCUGCUCCCUAGAAAUCCGCAAGCCUGGUCCCUUUGACGGGGGUAUCUACACCUGCAAGGCCGUUAACCCCCUGGGGGAGGCAUCCGUGGACUGUCGGGUGGAUGUGAAAGGUAAGGGCAGAACUUACGCCUUAGGGUGCAAUCAUGUCUCUCCAUAGCUGGAAAAGUGGGCAGAGACACAGCCUAGAUGGAGAAGGGCUUGGUUUGCUUCCUUCAGGCCCUCUCAUUGCUGUCAUCAUUGCGAUGUGUUUGGGGAGCCGUUUUGUUAUCCACCAUCUCAUGUCUCUCCAUCAUAA